UCAUGGGGAUGUAUCGAUGUGGGCGCGUGGCGGCGCGGUGGUGGUGUCAGUCUGAUGAAGAUUGGCAUGAAGAUGUACCAGAGGAGAACUUGAAGCUUUCUUUAGUGCAUUACACUUCACGGGGGAAUCUGCAUUGUAACUCCAGGACCUCUUACCUCUGGCUCUCUUGACCUUCUGAUUUGCAAAUAUCUCCAAAUCUAAACUUGAGGGUCUGCUGUCGUGUGAUGCUGUGAACUCUGUCUCAGUCAUUGGCGUGGACCUUCAGAAGACAUUUGCGGAUACCAGGCUCCCAAACAUCGGUCCUAGAUGUGAAGCAAUCCCAUGAUGCAACAUGUGUCCCCUGCAUCAUCACUGACCAUGAUGGCAACCCAGAGUGUACCCCCUCCAACAUACCAAGAGAGCCAACAGAUGACAGCCACGGCCCAGCAGACCACCAAGACGCAGCCAGUGCAUAUCCCAUCUUCCUCUGCAGCUGCCACCCCUGUGGCGACUGUACCACUCGACCCUCAAGCACAGCUGGAGUCUGACAAGAGAGCAGUGUACAGACAUCCGCUAUUUCCACUCCUCGCUCUUCUGUUUGAGAAAUGCGAGCAGGCAACGCAGGGGUCAGAGUGCAUUACCUCGGCAAGCUUCGAUGUGGACAUUGAGAACUUCGUUCACCAGCAAGAGCAAGAGCACAAACCCUUCUUCAGUGAUGAUCCUGAGAUUGACAGCUUGAACUCUCCAGACUCUCUAACAACAAUAAACAACGCUGUCAACUCCCAGGGAAUUGUGGUACCAACAUCUGCCCUACAACAGGGGAAUGCUGCCAUGGCAACACAGGUGGUAACAGGUGGAACAAUCUACCAGCCAGUAACUAUGGUAACCUCUCAGGGUCAAGUGGUGACCCAGGCCAUUCCGCAGGGUACAAUACAAAUCCAGAACACACAGGUGAAUCUGGAGCUCACCUCUCUCCUACAGGAUGGAGAGGACAAGAAGUCAAAGACUAAACGUGGUGUCCUGCCCAAACACGCCACUAACAUCAUGCGCUCCUGGCUCUUUCAGCAUCUUGUGCAUCCGUACCCAACAGAGGAUGAAAAGAGACAGAUAGCUGGACAAACCAGCCUCACGCUCUUACAGGUCAACAACUGGUUUAUCAAUGCUAGACGGCGAAUCCUCCAGCCAAUGCUCGAUGCCAGUAAUCCCGACCCUGCUCCUAAAGCCAAGAAAAUCAAAUCCCAGCACCGGCCAACUCAACGUUUCUGGCCAGACUCUAUCGCAGCAGGAGUACUACAGCAGCAAGGAGGGAAUCCCAGCAACCCAGACAGCACUAUGACUGCAGCCAUGGACAGUCUCCAGACGCUCUCCUCUGAUACUGCCACCCUCGCCAUGCAGCAGGCCAUGAUGGCUGGCCAUGCAGGCGACGACUCAUUGGACGGAACCGACGAGGAAGAAAUUGAAGAGGAAGACGAGGACGAGGAUGAUGACAACGGGGAACUGCAGACGACCAAUGUUAAUGACCUGGGCCUGGACAAUAGUGACUCUCUUGACUAACUGCUCUGCUUACAUGCAGAGGAGACAGAGGAAAAAAAAAUGACCAGUGUGCGGACUUUUUUUUUAAAAAGAAAUGAAAGACUCUUCUCUAUGAACAAGUCGCAUCAAGGUGACAGUCAUAAGAAUGAAGGCCCCCGUGUCUAGAAUCUAUUUUGUGAUUUAUUCUGUAUUAAUGAAUGUUAUUGUGAAUGUAUCCUUCAUUUUUUUUUCAACAUUUGUUUUACAUUUGUAUUUUUUACUUGGCUGGUGUGGUUGUAUCCACAGCCCUCAACGCUUCUGGCUUCACAUUUGGACUGAGGCUUUUCCUAACAUUAGGGAGAGAGGGGCGAAAAGGUGAGAUUGUGUCCAUCAUGCUCUCACUCUGGCUUUCCAACCAAAAUAAAUAUUGAUUGAAAAAGGGCAGAAGCCGGUUGUUUGACGGUCACUCCUUUCCCUGCUUGCCUCCCAGGUGGCUCCCAGGACCUGAUGGACCUCGAUUUGAAUUGUAGAGUAGGUUAGCAGCAAAGGGUUGACAACGCUGAUUGAGUUCAUUCAUAGCUCUUCAGUUACAUGGCCUCCCCACCUCCGCUUCCUGCUGCUCUUCCCAGCCAAGCCCUUUUUGAUACAUUUUAGUUAUAAAAAGAACAUUCUAAAAAAGCACAAUCUUUGAAUGACCCCUUGAUUCUUAGUCUGUUUGGUGUUUGCUACUCUGACCCACGAUUUGAUGUCUGGAGUCUCUAGCGUAAUCUGGUGUGGGUGGGAUUGAGGUGUUGGUAACCUUAUACAGCAACCUCAGGUUACAGACAGUUUCGAAAAGUAUCAAUGAAGCUUUUACUAUCGCCUUGACGUUAAUUGAUGGCGCCAGAUCUUGGUAUUUCCUGGAACUGCCACUUGCCUGGUUUCUAAACGGGCACUCCAGUUUUUACUUAGUUGUGCAGAAAUUUUUCAAAUAUACUGUUUUCUAGAGACGAAAUUUAAGCUCUUUCUUUUCCAUUAGAUGUUUUCCACAUUUGACAGGAGAAUGGCCUAUCUUGCUGUGUUCUGAAGAAAUCACUUGAACUGUGACCGUGAUAAUAUGCUUAAUCACUUCCUGCUCCCAUGUUGUACAAAUUCUAAGGUGUUGCACCUGUAUAUCCUGCCAUUUCCUUGCUUCUAGUUUCAUUCAGGAGUAAAAGGGAUUAAAAAGGCCUUUGUCAAACCGUU